AUGCCUCUCACAGACAAUCGCGCCCUGCGCAUUCUCGACCAUGCCUCCGAGAACCACUACGGAGUACCCGCCAUGUGCUGCUAUAAUGUAGAAGGCAUUCUGGCCACCGUCCGCGCUGCCGAAGCCAAGCGCUCACCCGCCAUGAUCCUCCUCUUCCCCUGGGCCGUACACUACGCAGAUGGGAUCCUCGUGCACGCCGCCGCCGAAGCCGCGCGCAAUGCAUCGGUUCCCAUCACCGUCCACAUGGACCACGCGCAAACGCCCGAGAUCAUCCGCCGGGCCGCCGACCUCGGCGGAUUCGACAGUAUCAUGGUCGACAUGUCACACUAUGAAAAGGCGGAGAACCUGGCCUUGACGCGCGAACUGGUGGCCUAUUGUCAUGAGCGGGGGAUUGCGACGGAGGCGGAGCCCGGGCGUAUCGAAGGUGGUGAGGAUGGAAUUGCCGACACGGCGGAUCUGGAGGGUCUGUUGACGACGCCGGAGGAGAGUCAGGAGUUUGUGGAUACCGGGAUUGACUGGUUGGCGCCGGCUUUUGGAAAUGUGCAUGGCGAGUACGGUCCUCGUGGGAUCCAGUUGGAGUAUGAGCGAUUGCAGUCGAUCAAUCAGGCGGUGGGGAAACAGGUGCGGUUGGUGCUGCAUGGAGCAGAUCCGUUUACCAAGGAGAUCUUUCAAAAGUGCAUUGAUUGUGGAGUCUCCAAGAUCAAUAUCAACAAGGUCUUGAAUAAUGAGUAUAUCAAGGUGCAGCAGGAAAAGGCGGGCAAGGUGCCGUUGACGACCUUGCUGGAAGAAGCUACCAAUGCCAUGCAGAAGGCGGUUGAGCGAUGCAUGGACAUGCUCGAGUCGACUGGAAGAUACCCGUGA